AUGAAUAAAAAUAGAGUCACUACCUAUACUGCCAUUAGGGAUUCCAAUAAAAACCAUUCUAAACGACACAAAUCGAAUGUGAUACAUUCAACUGAUUCUCAAAAUGAAGACUGCAUUACACAGAACACAACUCACAAUAUUCAAUAUUCAACCCAAAAUACUUUCAAUCAAUCUUACGCAGAAAAUGGUCAAAUAAUAAGUUGCUCAAAUCAAACAAAUGAAUGUAACUACAUCAAUGACAAUUAUUCAGAUAUAUCUGAUGGAGAUCUAAAUGGCUACACAGAUGAUAUCGAAAAUUUGUUGCAAGAAUUAUAUCCCAAUGAAAAAAGUUCAGGGGCUAAAAUGCUACCACCUGUAAUUAGAUACUCUAAAAAAUGGACCCUAAAUAUAACCGAACUCUCCUCCCAGCUCUGGUGCGAAAGGAGUAUAGAAUUGACCCUAAUCACAGGAAUCAGACCGGAGACUAAAGCCAUGAAGGAAGGAAUGGCGAGGCAUGAGGUAUUGGAACAACUAGACCAUGAACUGGUACAUGUGACUAUAACUUCCAAUGAGGAAGAUUUGGGGAUUAAAAUGUUGAACUCCAUCACAUUGUUGAAAAAUUUAUUACAAACAGGCAAAUGCAGGGAAGUUUGGGUUUUUGGAACCUACAGUAGCUACGUUCUUAGGGGAAUAGUGGAUCAGUUGGAGAUUGUAAGUUUAGCCGGUAGAAAGGUUGUAAAAAUUUCAGAUACAAAGACUAGGAGGGUUAAAAAUGAACCAUCGCAGGCACAAAAACAACUUUCAGCUCUUCAAGUACAGGCAUACUACUUACUGAUAAAUGAUUUAAAGAACAAGAAUGUAGAUUUUGGCAAAUUGUAUAAGUAUUCAGAACUAAAUCCAAAUAAACCAUUUAUCAUACCAGAGCUCAAGGAUUAUAAUUGUCUGAAAAUGUUGGAAAAACACUUUUUGGAUUCGUUCGAAAAAUUGCCCGAAGUUUAUAGUGUGAUGGAGAUUUCAUAUGAAUGCGAAGGGGAAAUAUUUUCGGUGGACAAUGUUAAACUGGAAUAUAACAAUUUGAUUAGGACAAUCGAAUACUGUUUGGAGUUUUGGGAUGGAAAUAGGAGCUCAGAACUUGUACAGCCUUUUGAAGCAUGGAAGUGCAAGUUUUGCCAUCUUCUGGAUAAAUGUGAAGAGUCCCCCUAUAAAUCGCAGACGUCAACCCAAUCAUUGGCCAAUGAUAGCUCAUAA